CAAGCACUUUGCUGAUCUUAAUUAUUUGUCGUAUAGGCCAGUAAAGAAGAGGGGGGGGGGGGGGGUAGCAAGAUGGGGCAUGAAGAGGAAAUUAUAUACUACAGAAUUAAACAUUAGAGAAUGAUAGAUGUGAUUCAAAGACAUUCAAAGACAUGAUUUUAUUAAACUACUGUUUGCUUAUUGACUAGAGCAGCUCGAGGACAGCGACAAUUAUUGUUUUACAAUACAAUUUCAGAAGUUAAAGUGGCAGCUAGUUAUAAACAAACAGAAUCCAUAUAUCUGUCUUUAGAUUCUCCAGAUAUAUCUGUCACGCCAUAAAAAAGUUUAUUAUUUAAUUCAAGCGCCAUGAAAAACAAAAAAAAAAAAAAAAAAAAAUCGUUCCUGUUCUAUGCAAAACCUGUAUUGUGGUUUCAAAUUUAUGAUACACUUUUGACAUGUAUUCUUGACAAAGGAAGAUAAUUCUUGAGCGGGGACACAUUUAACGCGGGAACCAGAUGUCGCACUGGCCCUGUCAUCCGGUAUCAUGCAACUGCUUCUUUCCAAAUGUCAUUAUUAAGCUAUUAAUCAUACUGACUAGCAUGUCCACACGCACACACACACACACACACACAAACACACACACACACACUCACACACUCACACAAACACACACACACACACACACAUACAUGCAUAUGCACAGUGCAUAUAUAGACCGUGCCAUUCCAGUGCAAGUUUCUCCCAGUUCAACUUUGGGAGGAAGAUAGUCGAAAUACCAGCCGCUUACUGAUGUGGAGGUAUCUUAUUGGGGUGGUCUAAUUUGGACGGGAAACUAUUGACGGCAAGAUACGUACUUCAUAAUAGUUAUGACAAUAAUAUAUGCACACACAAAUUCCGAGCCCCGGAAUGAAAUUGUAACUAGUAUUGCAAUAUAAGUAAUGGUAUAUUCGAGCAAACUAAACCAAAUUAUGAAUGCUCUUAUAAUAGUCAUUAAUUAAUCCGAUCUGGAGAGAGAGAGAGAGAGAGAGAGAGAGAGAAAGAGAGAGAAUCAGAUUAACCGUGGUAAACAUAAUAAGUAACUCAUGGAUUACCAAUAUUGUUAUGUCUUCCAUACAGAACAGACAUUGGCAAAGUAAGCCUGUUGUCUGACAGCAUCUGUACAUUAUUUGGUGGCUUAUCACCAAGACCGUCCUUCGUGAGAAGAAGGCCUCAAUUAAUCCCAGGAGGAAAAGAAGGCGUAGGAGAUCACUUCUAAAGGACACUGAAUACCAUCACCACGAAAAUUCUUUCAGAUUUGUUUGGUGUGAAGAUCGACCAAAAUCAGCUUGUAGGGGCUCGGCAUGUCAUCAUGGGAAAUAAAGAUGAAUUCCAUCGUUAGUUUCGGAACGGACACAUAUAUUCUCUCGUAUAAUUAGUUAAUGUUAGACCAAGUUUUAGAAAUUUAGGUUAGGCCUUUCCAUAUACAGCCACACAUACACACAUUUCCCACGUGCCUCACCCAGAACCCCUUGAGAACCAACAGCUGAUAGACAUAGACUCUCAUAUAUAUAUAAGGCGCAGAUGUCCCAUAGCUCAGUAGGAAGGAGGAAACAAAAUGUUAAAGCUCUGUGUUCUGUUCGCAGCCGUGGCCCUGUCGAGGGGGGGCUCUCCCAACAUCACCCUCUACAGCGGCACGCAGCAGACUGGAGCGUCUCUGUUCCUGACGACUAACAACCACGACCUCAGAGCCGUCGACUUCAACGAUGCAGCAGAAUCCCUUUGUGGCCACGGGGCAUGGUUGCUGUAUGAAAAUCCUUCAUAUCAACAAAGUGAAUUUACACAUCUGUUUGUGUCCCCUGGCCUGGAGUGCGAGGAUCUAUCAAGCAGUCAGCGUAAUAAGGUAACGUCCCUACGGUACAUAGGCGUCGGGGACCUGCACAUCGAGUCGCUCACGCUGUACCACGAUUACGAGGGCGGCGGCGGCGAACUCCUGCUGGUGCGGGAUGAUGACUACAUCAGGGACUUCAAUGACAUCGCCUCCAGCCUCGCCGUCGUUGGACCCUCCUCUUGGACUCUCUAUGAGGACCCUUACUUCACGGGCGGGUCGGCGUGCGUCGUGCCGUCCCUGAUCGAAGGUUCUGACGUCUACUUCGGUUAUUUCUCCGUCGGAGAAGUGGGUUUCGCUGACAACAAACUGUCCUCCGUCAGGAAGGGGUGUUACAGCACCAACGUCAAGGUCUAUCAUCCCUAAACCGCAGCCUCAAGGACCAGCCGGGAUGGGGUUACAAGGGCACCGGAUAGCGCUAACUUGCAACUUUCUUCUUACAUAGUCUCUUACUGAAACAAAGAGAUGAUUAGGGUCAAAGAAAUUAAAAAAAAAAAAAA